UUACAAUUUCCUCAGCGACCGGGCUGGAUUUCUGCAUCACUGACCGAUGGAAUCCCCCGAAGGUGGAGAUGGACCAGCGCUUGCAGCGCUUCUUGGAGCUGCAGAAGUACACGGCAGAAGACGAACAGAAGAAAUGAUGGAAGAACUGGAGAGUAUCAAAAAUAGGGUCUCCCUGACCAUAAGUGAAUAUGAAAGAAACAGCAAACCAACAGAAGACAACAUUAAAUGUGGAAAUAUGCAGUUUUUGGAAGAUUUGAACCAGUUGGAAGAAAUGUUAAAGGAUUCAGUGAAAAGAAACAAAUACAAGCAACAAGUAACCAUUUUUAUCAUUGGAUAUCAAAAUGCAUGUGGAGAAAGACAGGUCAUUCUAGACCAACUUCAUGAGUUUUUUAUUCGGCACCUCAGUUUUUUAUCAGCGGAGGAGGAAAAACUCUCAGACAUUGAAGACAAUGACAUUGAGGACAUUGCAAUAAGGGUAAAUGAGGCUCUUUUUUCUGCUGAACAGGCAACCCAUCGAUUAGUAGAGCUUAAUAAAGAGAUGUUAAACUACAUGAAUACCACAGCUUCAUCAAAGGAAGGAAAUAAGAAAAGAAGGAAACUGGAAAAGGCAUUAAAUAAAGCUGAAGCUGAGAUAACCAACUUAACAGUGAAGUUAGCUCCAACUCAGAAAGAAUUGGAAAAGAAGGAACGCAACAUUAAGCAAUUAAUAAAACACAGUGAAAUAAAAAACCUGCAGUGCCUUCAGUUCAAAUCUCAAGCAGACGACUUCAAAUCCCAAACUGAAGUUAUGAAGAAGGAGCUGGAGAGCCUCCAGCAGGAUGUGGAGGUUCAGAAGUUUCUUCUGGACCAUCAGAGAAGACAGCACUUAUCCCAGCUUGAGGACUUGAGAAAGCAACUUGAACACGCCCUUCAGGGAAAGGAGCAGCUAAAACCCCAUUCCUCCCAACAGGCAGAGGAGGACCCCAGAUCUUCAGGAGUUCUCCCGGAAGUGAAAUGCAUUGAAAAAGAUGAAAAAAAAGGAUUUCCUGCAGAGAUGACAAUUGAAGUGUCUGAGCUGUCUGAAAGAGGAAGAGAAGGAGGACAACCUAAGAAUGGAGACCUGUACUCUGUAGCAGCACAUACUGGCCAGGCCAAACUCCGCCCUGAUGAAGAAACCAACCAUUCAUCAAAAGAAGGACCUAGAGAAGGUUUACUAACUGAUUCUGAGAAGGAUGCACAACUGUUGCCUAGGGGAGGAUUCAUGGAGAACAAGACAGGGGGAGUCAUGCUACCUGUGAACAGGGAAGAUGCAGCACUAAUUUCCACUGUGCCAUUCCCCCCAGGCACUGAAAAACCUACACUUGUUGUUACUCAAGUGAGUUCUGAACAAAGUGCAGUACAAGAGCGGCUGCCCACAGAGGGCAGUGAAAAGUUCCUCUGCAGGAGAAUGAGCGCUCUGGAGACUGUUCAAGUUGCUUUCCUGGAGCACAGUAUUGAUCUGAGAGACGAACAAGCUCUGUCGAGCAUUCCUUCAGAUGAACACUACUUUCAGGCCUAUAAAACUGAGGCUGUUAGUAAGAUAGAUGAAUUAGAGAAAGAGGUUUCUACACUGAAGGAAAGAUUCAACCAAACUGUAAGUUGUCUUCAAGAUGAACUGGAAACAAAGAUGUUACACUGGACUCAGGAGAGAGAGUCGCUUCUGGGGCAGCUAACAGAGGCUCAGACCUCCAUUUUGUACUUUAAAAAACAUUCCUUGCAAGAGCACAGUGAUCAGAGUUCCCAGGAUGAGACAGAGGCCAGUGUUCACUCUUUAACAUUGGAUGAAUCAAUGCAAUCAACACAUGCUGUCAAAUCUGACACGGGUGACCUUAGUGAUCAUACAGAUCUGGAUGCUCUCAUUGAUGAUGAAGCUGGAUUCAUGGCAUCAGAACCAACUGGAACAUUAGAGGGUCCAGUUGAAGAUCUGCUAAGGGAACGUUCACUAUUGUGUUCUACAUCUCAAGCUGAUGGACCAGAUGCACUUCUGAUGGAACAGGACUUACCAAUCGUUGUAAAUAAACUAAGCAGAAUUAGCCAACAUCAGAUGAAUAAUGAAUUCAGAAAACUACAUGCACAAAUUUUACAUUUCAAAGAUGCAAUUAUCAAAAUGUUUUUGGACAAAGAAAUGUUUAUUGGUGCCCAGCGCUUUUAUGAUAUUGCAGUAGUGCAAUACAGUCCAGAUGUGGAUAUGUUGGACUACGUUUGUUCCCUGGCCAGCAGUAGCCAGUGCAUCCUCAAUGAAGCCCUGACAGCAUUUAGUUUAUUGUUGAACAUGAAUGAGAAAGAAGGUGCUACAUCCUAUGAUGGUACGGCUCACGAGCAAAGAAGCAUGAGCUACAUUAACUCUGUGCUGGAGCAAACCAGCCUCGACUCCUUGCCAGUCAGUGGGCUAAGCACUGCUGAUGCUGCCAUGGAGAGUCCAACAAAGUCAGAGCUGCAGAACCAAAUGCUACAGAUGAAAACAGAACUCAGUAUAAAAUCCCAACUUCAUCAGGAAAAAGACCAAAGAAGCCACCGUUUACUGUCAGAUAUGAAACAACGUGUUGACUUCUUACAAAAAGAGCUGAAUACAGUUAAAUUAUCUACCAAGGAGGAAGGAAAUAGACAAUUUAAUGCAAGCAAGAAAGGUCAAGACUCUGUGAUUUUGUUUACAAGAUUAGACAUCAAGCGAAAUACAAAGGUUUUGAAGAAAAGCCUGUCAGCUGGUAGGAUUCCUCAGGAGAGCUAUGAGAUUGCUUCUCAGGCAAUGGGGGAGUAUUCCAGACUUCAGAGAGAGAGAUUCAGCCAGCUUGUGAAGCAGUACACACAGCAUGUUACCUUAUGUGAAGCCAAGAAAAACCUCAGUAACCUGAGAAAGAGAGCUGCUGCUGCUGCACCAGAUGAAUCAGAGACUCUCAGAAGAAUAGAGAAGCUUCACAGGAGGAAAAAGGAAACAUGGAACAGGAAAGAACUGGAUUUUUCAGAGCGGAGGUUGAAUCUUGCCAACAUGUUGAUGAGCACAUUGAUUAAUAUUGAGGAGAAAUCAGGCUUGUUCUUAGUAAAGCCAGUACUCUCAUGGCAAGGAAGACCUGCUACAAUGAAAGGACAAUUUAAGGUCAGUACACUUCCUAAACUAGGAACAGUGCUACAUGUGCCUUUACCAUCUUUUGCUCCAACUGAACACACAGCUGAACCUACUUCAGAAAGUCCUUUAUUGCAGCAUAUGGACUGCUUCACAGCAAGAUUUUAUGAAGGUAUCCAUCAUCUACCAUCUGGUUGUGACCCUUUUCCACUGCCCAUGGCUGAAGGAUCUCAAGGAGUGUGGGAGAUGGUGAUGGCACAACCUCAACAUGUUCAGUCAUCAGCACAAAUAACUUCUUACAAUAUACCCAAAAUACUGGAACUGGAUCUGCAGAGAGUGCAGUUUCCUCAGCAACACCCCUGUUACAAAUUAUUCCAGAAGGCAAUUCCAUCUGAAGUAAGACCUAUAAAGAAUACAACUAGAAGCUACUUCACAAUGAAACAUCAAAAUUAUCACCACUGCAUAGCAGCAGGGAAAACAAAACAAAUGUCUGCACCACCUGUUAGGCACCCAGCCCUUCCUAGUCUUUACACAAGCGAUUUUGCACCAUCUGCACCCAGACCAACUCCUGAAGGUUAUCCAGCACAUACGCUUCCUCCCAUACAAGCAUCAUCAGAGGUCAGCUUCAAGUCACACUCAUGGAAAAAUACCCUUGAAGACUGCGUAGAACAAAAUGUUCAUCUGUUCAGUCCUUUUAAACGAUUCUGUUACUCUGCCCCGGAAAUAAACAAACCCAUAUGAAGGAAUACAAGUAAUACAUCAUUUCCAAAGGAAAGGAGAAACAUAUAAAAAGGAUUUACAAAUGAGUGGAUUCGCUCCUAUCACCUGGACUUUGUAAAUGUCAUGGCAACAUUGUGGAUGGAAUUCACUGACAUUUACUGUUACUGUAUAUUACUUUGACCAAUACAAAAUAAUGUAAAUAUAUAUAUACAGUGGCUCUCAAAAGUAUUCACCCCCCUUGGACUUUUCCACAUUUUAUUGUUUACAACAUGGAAUCAAAAUGGAUUUAAUUAGGAGUUUUUGCCACUGAACACAAAAAAAGUCCAUAACAUCAAAGUGAAAAAUAAAAUCUACAAAUUGUUCUAAAUUAAUUACAAAUACAAAACAGAAAAUAAUUGAUUGCAUAAGUAUUCACUCCCUUGAGUCAAUAUUUGGUAGAGGCACCUUUGGCAGCAAUUACAGCCAUAAGUCUAUUUGGAUAAGUCUCUACCAGCUUUGCACAUCUGGACACUGCAAUUUUUGCCCAUUCUUCUUUGCAAAAUUGCUCAAGCUCCAUCAAGUUGGAUGGGGACCUUUGGUGAACAGCAAUUUUCAACUCUUUCCACAUAGUCUCAGUUGGAUUGAGGUCCGGGCUUUGACUGGGCCACUCCAGGACAUUGAUCUUUUUGUUUUUAAGCCACUCCAGUGUGGCUUUGGCUGUAUGUUUGGGGUCAUUGCCCUGCUGGAAGAUGAAUCUUCUCCCAAGUCCCAGACUUCAGCAGGUUUUCCUCCAGGAUUUCUCUGUACUUUGCUGCAUCCAUUUUGCCCUCUAUCGUCACAAGCUUUCCAGGCCCUGACGCAGAGAAGCAUCCCCAUAGCAUGAUGCUGCCACCACCAUGCUUCACGGUAGGGAUGGUGUUCUCAGGAUGAUGUGCAGUGUUAGGCUUGCGCCAAACAUAGUGCUUGGCGUCGAGGCCAAAAAGUUCUAUUUUGAUCUCAUCAGACCAUAGAAUCUUCUUCCACUUGGUCUCAGAGUCUCCCACAUGCCUUCUGGCAAACUCUAGCCGAGAUUUGAUGUGAGUUUUUUUUCAACAAUGGCUUUGUUUUUGCCACUCUCCCAUAAAGGCCAGUUUUGUGAAGCACCCGGGCUAUUGUUGCCAUAUGCACAGUGUCUCCCAGCUCAUAGGCCUCUUGGUGGCCUCCCUGACUAGUGCCCUUCUCGUCCGGAUACUCAGUUUUUGAGGACGGCCUGUUCUAGACAGAUUCACAGUUGUGCCAUAUUCUCUCCAUUUCUUAAUAAUGGACUUUACUGUGCUCCGGGGGAUAUUCAAUGCCUUGGAAAUGUUCUUAUAUCCUACCCGAUUGGUGCUUUUGAAGAACCUUAUUCCAGAUUUGCUUUGAAUGUUCCUUCGUCUUCAUGAUGUAGUUUUUGUUAGGAAAUGUACUAACCAACUGUGGGACCUCCCAAAGACAGGUGUAUUUAACCAGGAAUCAUGUGAAACACCUUAAUUGCACACAGGUGGACUCCAUUUAACUAAUUAUGUGACUUCUAAAGACAAUUGGUUGCACCAGAGCUUAUUUAGGUGUGUCAUAGCAAAGGGGGUGAAUACUUAUGCAAUCAGUAAUUUUCUGUUUUAUAUUUGUAAUUAAUUUAGAACAAUUUGUAGAUUUUAAUUUUCACUUUGACAUUAUGGACUCCUUAUUAACUCCUAAUUAAAUACAUUUUGAUUCCAUGAUUCCACUGUGUGUGUGUAUGUAUGUAUUUAUAUAUAUAUAUAUAUAUAUAUAUAUAUAUAUAUAUAUAUAUAUAUAUAUAUAUAUUCACCUUGACACAUCAUGGGGUAUUCACAAAGCCUUGUAGUCUUUACUUGUAGUAUGUGUGUCCUUUCAAAUAUGAAGUGCUAAUGGCAUUUGGAGUAAUCUGCUUUGUGAAUUCCUCCAUCUUGUAUAAAUGUAUAUUAUAUUAUUCUUCCAUUAUCUACUGAUCAGUACCUUUGCAAUCCAAAUGUAUAGCAUGAGACAAGAUCAUAUAAAUGAGCUGAAUGAUGUGACGGGCUAAUGUUCAGUAAGUCAGCAAUUAUCUGUUAGUUGGCUGCAACUGAGAAAUCAAGAAUCAUGGGGAAUUCACAGAACCAUGGCCCAGUUUGGAUUAUUUGCCUUGGCAGGUCUGCUGUGUCCAUGACCCCCACCCCCCUUCCUGCAUCAAUGGUACAUCCUUAUUAUGAACUGUUCAUUACACAACUGGCAAGCAUUUUAAAGUCAUACCAUUGUUUGGUUUUCCAUUAUUUUAGUAGGAGUAACAAAAAAUGAAAGGUGUAAUUUCAAACCAGUGAUUAAAAAAAAAAAAAAAAAAAAAACAUUUUUCAAAUUGUAAAUGAAAAAACAGACCAUAUUUUCAUUUUUUCCAAUUUUAGGAAAUGCUCUAAAAAUGGAAUUCAUAAGCGUUACAAGGACCAAACCCCCCUUUCUUUUUUCCUUUGUUAAAAAAAUCAUAGAAACAAAGUAUGACUGAUAAAAUUACUUAUGUAGUAAAAAAACAUUAUUACACAGAGAAUCAUUGUGACUCAAAUUGAAAGGAUAACUAUCACAUGCAUUUUGCAUAAUGCAUGGUAAAAAAAAGUUUAUUAUGCUAAAAAAAAGCUAGUAAAGUUCAGGAAAAUCAUGGUCAUACAGAGAUUUGAAAGCAUGGUAAUACAUUGGGAAGCACAGUAAAAACGCACAGUAAAUUGUGUAGACUGACUUGUGAAAACCUUUAUUAAGGCUUUAACCAGUAUCCUUUGUUUCAAGUUACUGGAGAUUAAAUACAGAAAUGUAAUUCACAUUUAGGGAAAGUGUCACAAAAUAAAUAGUCUAACAUAUUAGAGACUAGAGGUGUUUUACCGUAUGUCCCUGUGGAAAUGUAUUCUGCUGUUUGUAAUGUAAAAAAUAGAUUUAUUCUUGGAGUUCAAUGAUGUAAUGUUAUUUAAAC